AUGAAGUCGGAGCCGUUGCUCCCGGCUUUCCAGCCGCAGCCCAAAGACAGCCGCCUGGGCACCUGGACGACACAAUGUCGUGGCUUUGCCGAACGAUCCGAUUGGCUGGCCCUCUUCCUAGGGCCGGCGAUAUCUGUGCCUUUUGCCACCUGCUACGCAGCGUUGGUCUGCAACGACGUUUCCAUGCAAGCCAAUUUUCCAGUCGUCUUGCAGCAGGUUAUGUGGACUCAGAUGAUCGGAUCCAUCAUUGCCCUGGUGAUUGGGCAGUUCGUGACCACAACGAACUUGGACCCGCUGACUGCAAUCCUCUUCGGACAGCUGGCCCGGAAAGUGGCCCGCUUCAAGACGGGCGAGGGCAGCCAGGAGAUGAUCCUAUGCAGCAUGAUGCUUCUGAUGCCCGUGAUCUCACUUUGCCUGGGCAUCGUGCUCUACUUUGUUGGCAAGCUCAAGCUCGCGAUGAUGCUCCGCUUCAUCCCCUACACCGUGGUGGGCGGUUUCCUGGCAGGGAGCGGCAUCCUAAUUCUUCAGGAGUCUUUGGCCUUGGCUGGCGGCAUGGACCUGGGAGUCCUCGUCCGCACGUCUUUUGCAAGUCCGAGCGAGACGCUGGGGCCUUGGCUCCAGAUCGUCCUUUCCAUCGCUUUCUCUUCCGUCUUGGAGCAUGUGAGGGAGUGGCAUAUCUUCAGCACUCCACUGGUCAUCGCCGCAGCAGUGGGCUUGAGCGCUCUGGUCCAGAGCGCUUCCCAGGGGGCCUGGCCGCCAAGGUCUUGGUUCCUCGAGUUCCCGGAUCCCGUCAGAUGGUGGGAACCUUUUGAGCGCGUCCGGGAUGGAUUCCACCAGAGCUACGCGGCAUCCGCCUUGGAGGAGCUCGAGUUUCUCGGGGGCUUCGUGGUGAUUAUGACCGUUUCCUGGAGCAUCAACACCCUGGCGGUGGCGAAGCUGGUACCCCUGCGACCGGGCCUGCAGCGCUGCGACGAGCAGGAGGAGAUCCGAACCCUGGGUCUGACGAACGUGCUGCUGGGCUCCAUGGGCGGCUUAUGCUCCAUGCAGUCCUUCAAGAUCCCGAUGAUGAUGAGGGGGGUCAAGUCUGGGCCCUCGUGGCCUUACUUCAACGUGGUUGUCAACGUCCUGCUCUUCGUGGCCUCUCCGAGGAGCAUCGUCCAGACGGUGCCACGUUUCCUCUUCGCAGGCACAGUGGUGCGGCUGUCGUGCGACCUCAUUGGCGAAUGGCUGUUGGAGGCCCGGCGACGCGUGGCCUGGGAGGAGUGGCUUGUGCUGGUUGCCACAGCCAUUGUCGUGGUGAUCAACGUCACCCUGGGCAUUCUCUUUGGCCUUUUCUGCACCCUUGCGUGGUUUGCCAUUGAGUAUACGGGCGUGGCUGGCAUCACCCACGACAGCACCCUUAGCCAGAGCCGCUCGAGGGUGGAGAGAAGUGACGAGGAGCACGCGAUGCUGCAGGAGCAUGGUCAUGGGACCUUGGUCAUCUGGCUCAGUGGCUACCUCUUCUUCGGCUCUGCAUGCCAGGUCAUUGACGAAGUGCGGAGCAGGGUUCAGGAGCGCGACGUCACCGUCGUCAUCUUGGACUUCUCGCAUGUGCCGGCCAUCGAUGCCAGCGGCGUCUAUGCCAUUGUGGACCUGGUGCAGGAGCUCCAGGAGCCGAAGUUGGUGCAAUUGGUUUUCUGUGGGCUGGUGCGCCGGCUGAAGAAUGCCCUUCAGUGUGCAGCAGAACACGAGCAGGUGCCUCUUCGGGAGGUGUAUCACGACCUGGACAAGGCAGCAGGACAAGAUCUUGCAGAAGCUUCCCAGGAGCCCGGUGAGAAAGAGGCUGCGUUUUGCUGUGAUUCAAGCGUGUCGAAGAUCGACUCGCUGAACUGCAUCACUGAACUGGACCUGGUCUGGCACCUGGUGUGUCUCGUGCACUAA